AUGAGGUCUUGGCCAGGAUGGAAGUCUAUGAAGACAAUAUUUUCCUUUGGCGAUUCGUACACAACCACAGGCUUUGACGCAAUAGCAGGGCCCCAACCCAACGCUGUGAACCCUCUAGGCAAUCCGAACGAGCCAUACUACGGUCAUACAUCCUCUAACGGACCUAACUGGAUCAGGCAAUUGACCACGAAAUACAACCAAUCGUUCAUCAAGACCUUCAACCUCGCUUGUGGAGGAGCCACUGUUGCAAGCUCCUUAAUACACCCAAUUCACCCAGAGUAUCUCAGCCUCGAACAGCAGAAAUCUGUCCUGGAUUUAUCCGCCUCUGGAGGACCGACUCCAGAGCACGACUCCUGGGAAACAUGUUCGACACUUUUCACUUUCUUUUUGGGAAUCAACGAUGCAGGCCUCUCCUAUGCCAAGGAGAGCCCAUCUGUUUAUGAUGAGUACCUCGCCAUCUACGCCUCCCUCAUCGACACGAUCUACGCGGCCAAUGGCCGACAUUUUCUCUUCCUCCUCGUGCCCCCAAUCGACCGCUCCCCCUUGACAACGCGCCAGGGCCGGCCCGCCUCUGGACGGGAGAGUAUCCACAUACAAGCCUGGAAUGAUGGCCUGUCUAAGCUCGCGAAUGACUUACGGCACAACAGGCCAGAUGCGUCCGUUUUUGUAUUCAACACGCACGCGCUGUUCUCUAGCGUUAUGGAUGACGCGACGAUGUUCCCAGAAACGGCAAUCUAUUGUGAAACAACGGGAUUUUGCGAGGCCUAUGCGAUGGGCACUGAAGCGGUCGAUACACAACUGCCAGGCUGCCUGUAUUCUGUUAACCAGUAUCUAUGGCUGAACGAUCUGCAUCCAACAUACCCUAUCCAUGACUUGUUAGCUAAACAGAUUACAGAUAUGUUAACAAGGGUAACUAGAUAG